AUGGGUCUUCCGCAUCUCGCUCUCAUACUUUCCGUGGUUCCUCACUGCGUGUUGGGUGCCAUUACUGUCUACAGCGCCCAAGCAACACACGUUGGCCUCCCAGCAUACGAUCCGGCCACACUCAUUCCUCCUCCUGCACCAACGAAUGUUAUGACCAGUAUUCCUGUCAAACUCCAGAAUUCAGGCACCGCCGGUCUCUCGAUUAAGCAGAAAGGAUCGUUUAUUGGGUUCAGCAUCGAGAUGUCCGUCUGCAACCAAGUCUUGGGCAGUAACUCGACACUAAUACAAGUGCCCUUCCUCAAUCUCAUGGCCAACAUCCAACAACGCGCCGGUUCCGUCAUGGUUCGAGUAGGAGGGAACACACAAGAAAGCGCGAAGUUGGUCGACAGUCUUCCCAAUGGCCGCAUUCUCUCCAAAGACCUCGAAAACGUCACGGGCACAACAAAGACCCCUCCACUCGAGUAUACUCUCGAUCUCAUCUACCUUAUGCGAAACAUCUCUAAUUUCGUCAACGUCCAUUGGUUCGCCGGUAUUCCCUGGUUUGAAACCCAACCGUUCGACUUAUCGAUUGUUCCCGCCGCCAAUAACAUCCUUGGGGACUAUCUCUUGGGCAUUCAAGCAGGCAACGAGCCCGACAUGUACUACCUCCAUGAUCAUCGGCCAGCAACCUACGGGCCAUACGACUACCUCGGGGAAUUCUCCGACUUGCUCAGCCAAAUCGUCUUUGGCGCGGACCCAACUGGUCGCGCGCGGAAGCUUCUCAUUGGCCCAAGUACCACAUCGUUCAAUUGGUCGCUUGAGCAGGUGUGGAACACUGGUUUUGUCGACAAGUACAGCGCGAACCUGGCGUUCUUAGCUGCUGAGAAGUAUCCGAAUGACAACUGCCAGGCCAGAUUCGGUAAUCUUGCCCAAGCGAUCCCUCCUCAAAAUGUUCUUCAUACUUAUCUCAACCACACGGCCAUUCUACAGUUCCUCCAGCCGUACCUCAACACCACCAGAUAUGCGCAAGCCAAGAAGAAGCCGUUCCUGAUGUUUGAGACGAAUACUGCCUCGUGCGGCGGCUUUCCUGGGGUCUCGGACUCGUUUACCGCUGCGCUGUGGGGCAUCGACUACUCAUUGCAACUAGCCCACUCCAACUUUUCCGGCGCGAUGUUCCAUGUGGGUGGACAGAACGUCUAUUAUAACCCGUUUACAUCUCCACCAAUGAACGAGAGUUUCUUCCACCGCUGGUCUGUCGGCCCGAUAUACUACUCUGCCCUGAUAAUGGUGGAGGCUUUGGGACCCAGCAACAACUCUCAAGAGCUCGACCUUCCUAUCCCGGGCAUUUCCGAGUUCACCCCCGUCUACGGCAUCUACGAGAACGGCGUUCCAAAAAGGGUCGCCAUUGUCAACUAUAUGGAUGAUCCCAACGGCGCUCACGAUGUGGACGCCGUCAUUAGCCUUGCCAACCGAGACGGAACGAAGACUACACCGUCAAGCGUCAGGGUCAAAUAUCUUGCUGCAUCGUCGGUCGUACAGAAGGGAAACUACACUUGGGCGGGGCAGACAUUUGGUUCCUUUUUCGAGAGCAACGGACGACCGAUGGGCGAAAAGGAUAUCAAGACGGUCGCGUGCGAUUCAGAGUCCAGAACUUGCACGGUUAAUGUGCCGGCCCCGGGCUUCGCCCUUGUGUUUUUGUCGGAGGACGCGGAGACGGAGAGCUCGGGUAAAGUGAGCACAACAUUUGCGACUACCGCAAGAACAAAACUGAGGAAUACUGCAACCAUGAACCUUGCCGCGUUGGCCACCUCGAAUGGUAAUUGA